AUGGAAAAAAUCUAUCCAUACAAAAUAAUUUCUUCUAAUGAUGAUUAUACAGAUUUCCGUAAUUUAGAACCUAAAAUGUCCCUUCCAAAAUCUGAAAAACAAAUGAGAUUUAAUUCCGAUCUUGACAAAUGUGGAGAAGUUACAAUUCCUAAAAUAGACAGAGAUAAGGGAAAAGAUUCUGAUUUACAUAUAUAUGCAUAAUAUCUAAAUAAUAAAUAAUUAUCUUUUGUAGCCUUUGCUAGUAAUUGUUAAUUUGUGUAUCGUGUAGGACCUUCUCAUGGUUAAAUUACUUUUAAUUUGGGUUAAUUAGAAGAAAAAGAUUUAAGUUAAAAAUAUAUAUUUUAAGAUAUAUUAGAAAUAAUUAUCCAUGAAAUGACUCAUGUUUUGGGUUUUACACAACACUCUAUACCUUUAUGGAUAUAAUCAGAUAAAAGUUCUUAUGCUGAACCUACUUUCAGAUAAACGUUAAGGGGAAUCGAUACUUUAUUUCUCAAAACUCCUCACGUUUUAUAGUUUGCUCGAAAAUAUUUUAAUUGCCCUAGCUUAGCUGGUGUGCCUCUUGAAAAUUUAGGAGGCCCAGGUUCUGUAAACUCACAUUGGAAAAACACAUCAUAUUUUAGUGGUUUUACAGCCAAUGCUUUAAGAGACACUGGCUUCUAUGAGGAGAUAAAAGAAUCUAUGGAAGAAGAAAUGUUCUAUGGGAAAGGAGCAGGCUGUCAACAUGUCACUGGUUAAUGUGAUUCUAAUAGAAAUGAAUUUUGUAUUCCUUCAAUUGAAAAAGAUUUUUGUGAUUUCUCCCAUAUCGGAGCUUCAAAUUGUAUUGCUGGUUAAUUUAAUGAGCCUAAUUAAUGCUGGAAUAUUUAAAAUAUGAAACACUCAGAAUAACCAGAAUAAGUGUAUGGAAUUUAAUAUGGAGUAGAUUCCAAAUGUUUUAACUCUUCUUUAAUAAAAGAUGAAUUUUAUGUGGAAAAUCCAAGAAUUUAAGGUUUAUGCUAUAAAUAUAAUUGUAGUUCUAACGGAUAAUAAGUGACUAUUCAUGUAGGAAAAUAAAAAGUAGUUUGCAAAAAAAAUUUUGAACAUAUGCGAGUUAAGGAAUAUGAUGGACAUAUUGUAUGUCCUAAAAAUAUAGAGUAGUUUUGCAAAUUUAAAAAAAUUUGUCCGAAUUUCUGUAGUUCAAACGGAUAUUGUUUACAAAAUAAGUGUGUUUGUAGUAAAGGAUACUUUGGAAAUGAUUGCAGUUUAAAAAAUCCUUUAUGAGAAAGAUUACUGUUUUUUUGUUAUUAUUUUUAGCAUAUUAUAAGCAUAAUUUUUUAAUAUUUAUAUUUAAUGUUUUUUUGUUAAGAAUUUAAGUUCU